AUGGAAAAGGAAAGCUUGGAGCUUGGCAUAUGGGACUUGCCAGAGGGAUGCAUUGCCCACAUUUUUUCUCUUGUCUCUCCUCGCGAUGCCUGCAAAUGUUCUGCAGUCUCCUCCAAGUUCCGGUUAGCUGCAGAUUCGGACGCGGUGUGGGAGAUGUUUCUGCCAUCACAUUGGGAAGAUAUCAUUUCCAGGUCGGUUUCUCCAGUGGAGUUCUCAUCCUUGAAAGCUCUCUACUUUCAUCUAUCUCACUCCCCAAUCCUCCUCGACCACGGCAAAAAGACUUUUGCAUUAGAUAAAGAAAGUGGCAAAAUAUCCUAUAUGCUCGGACCUGAUGACUUGUCAAUUGAUUGGUCUUGUGUUCCUGAUGUGUGGGAUGGGAAAUUUCCAAUUCCAUAUGCAUACUUUUAUGGCAAUGAUAAAAGACUCAGCUCCAGAUUUUGGGAGGUUGAGCAUAUCAAUGAUAUAGUUUACCUUAAAAUCCAUGGAAGAAUACAAAUGAAGUUGUUAUCCCCCAACACAACAUAUGCAGCUUACCUUGUUUAUUGGCCAAGAGUCAACCCAUUUCACGAACCAGAAAUGUACGUGUCAGUCAGAUUUGUCAGUGAAAGAGUUGAAAAUGAGGUUGAAGAAGUUGCUUACUUGCAACCUGAUAUGUUUAUGCCUGAAGGUGCACGCCGUGGCCUUGAGAGAAGUGAUGAGUGGAUGGAGGUGGAGAUGGGGGAGUUCUUUACCAGCCAAGAUGAUAUCGAGGUGGAGAUGCGCUUGCGUGAACCAAGUGUAUUUCAUAUUGGAAUCGCUUCUGGGCUUGAUCUUCAGGGCAUUGAGAUUCGACCAAAGGAAUGA